AUGAGCCAAGAUUCAUUCAUGCGGCAAGAAAUCGCGCGUCUAAAUGUUCCAUGGCUGCAGCAUGAGAAAUUUCCGUCCACAAAACAGGCCUGCUGCUCUAGCGACGGAUUGAUCACUAGUAACAAAAGCACGCUCAUCAAGGUUGUACAGGAACUUAAGCGUGGACGUGCGUACAUGGACAAGCAGUUAGCUCAACUGGACAGCCAACUGCUAGCCAUCACGAAUUAUAUUGACGGUAGCAGUACCGAUAUGUUCCCACCUCACAUGGUCACGUUUGUAGAAGAAACAUCCGAUGCUCUAGCGCCGCUUGCCAAUGGACGGCGAUACUGGUCUACUGGUAAUGAAAUGACAGUACCAGGAGCGGUUAAUGGAAUAUUUUCGAGCGAAUUAGAGCACCUAACGCCUGCGCUGGUGGAAGAGGAUAUAGUUUCGGGUCGGUGGUUUCGCGAAUUUGAUGUGUUAUUCUGUUUACAACAAUGUAAAAUUGUUACAGACACACCGUGUACAACAAUCGGACUAUGGAAGUAUUUGUAUGCUUACUCGUUCUUUAGAACGAUUACAUUGGAGGACAUGGAGCAAUUUUUGACGCUGGAAGAUCCGGAUCUAUUAUUUGAUGAAGAACACGUCGCAGCGAAUUCGGGUCAUGUGUUGGAGCGUUCUGGUGAUAAUCUAAAAGAAAAAGACUUGGUAAAUGCUGACGACUUUUUCAAAGAGAGACUUAUCGCUUCGUUGUGCACAUUCGACUCGCACUCGUUGAUUCCAGUGGAAAAAAGCUUAAAUCAUGUUCAUGAAAACGAUGGCUUAAAAACAACGAAUUUAGACAUGGCCCCGACAUUACCCACAAUUGAAGACUCGUGGAAAUCCAAAGGUCUUAUGAAUGCUCUCUGUGAAGUCAACUUACUGCAAGGAAGCUCGAGUGAUCUUGCUGAUGUCAAUGCCUACAUCUCAAAAAGCGAUGAAAUUUCGCAGAAAUUGCGCUCACUGCAGCGUCAACUAUGCUGUUGCAUCAAGCAGGUGAAUGAAUCAAAAAAAAAGUUACGCAAAAUCAUGGAUAGGACGCCACCAUGGCUUUCUUGUGAUCAAGAGAAGGAGGACAUUGUCAUAAAGGAGUAUUUUGCAAUGCUGCAAUCAAAAAAGGAGCUUGCGCGAAAAAAAAAGCUUCGCGAAAGAAAAUUACAGCGAAGACAAGGCGCCAUUACGCCUUAUAGGGAGUGGGACACCUCUGGUCACGUUAAGCAGCGCUGA